CUCUGGCGAAAGGUCGAUUCCUCAGCCGUACGAGGCCAGGAGCUGAACUGGUUUCCGGAAGGCAAAUACACAAGGUCGGCACUAAACUGCCGUGCACAUCGACCCUCCGUAACAAGGAAAUAGGCUAAAAACCGUUAACUCCACCACCGCUCGAGAAUCAGAUCCUCAAUCCCGUAAGUGUGGAGCGGCGCAGGGCACUGUAUGUGAAGCAAUAUGAUUUGAUGAAAUUAUCAGCCUCUAUGUAUCCUUUUCUUUUCUUUUCUUUUAAUUUUUUGUGUGGUUGAGAUAGGCGUCCUGUCGUAUCCUUCCAGGAGAAUGCCAAAGACACCGGAACUCGUGAAGAGGUUGCGAUGUCCUGGAGGUCGUCGUUCUCACUCUCUCGCGUAUGCUACUUAGUGCCGGUCAAGCAACGACAUUCAUGCAAAUCUGGACGGGGACAGCAUCCGUCCCAUUGGCCUGUAGAAUUCACGAAUUUUCUCAGCCUUUCCCCAGGCAUGCAUACAUGUGCGCAUGUGUGUGUGAAUGACGAAGAAAUGCAAUUAUGUGUGUGGUGCAGACCCCAAAAAUCACGCUGCAUCGCCUGCUCCGAAUCACGUGAUCAUUGCGACGACCAAGUAUCGUCGCUCUCUAACCGCCAGUACGCCUUCACCCCCUCUCUGCCUCUCCACAAAAACCCCCUUUUUGAUCGUGUUGCUGUUCCUGAUGUGGCUGGAUGGCGGCAGAGGACGUGACGACGAGGAGGACGGUGAGCGAAUCGACUAAUCGCAGACCAGUUUACACCGAAUGUUUCCGAGGAAGCGGGGUGAGUCUGGAUGCGCGAUCGCAAAAUGGCAGAGGCACAGAAGACCUUCUUUGGGGGAAUGGUGGGAAGCAUGCCUGGCGCAAGCAGGACCCGCUCUCAUUUGCGCGUAUCGGGUUUAUCGCCCCCAGGCAUGGAGAAGAUUCAAUGGGCUUCCCGCUUUCCUUGGGAAGAGAUUGGUUAUCUGUACAAUGAGGUCCGCGGGACUGGAAGUAAAAGGAGGGCUCGGAAGGAAGAGAGGUGGGGAGAAGGCACGGAAAGUCCGAGUACUUUUCGGUGUCUGGACUUGGACCCUCUUGACCCUCUUUGAUAGUGAGGGCGAGAGGCGCACACUGGUCCUGUUGAUCGACUUACCCGAAGACCCUGCUUUCCUUCCUUCCUGCGCCUACAGUUCUGCCAGAACUGGCCCACAAGUGGAACCUAGAAGUGGCCUGUUCCUCCCAGCCCGGUGGCCCUCCCUGGGCCUUCCGGGGAAAGAUUGCACAUCUGGGACACUUGCGCACGGUCUGGGGCGAUGGAUUCCCCUGAUUGCUACUCCGUACUGUGUUUCUGUUUUCUUCCCAGUUUAUAUGACCACGUUGAUGCCUGGCGAGGGUAAUAGCAGUAGAUUUUCCCCGAAUUGCUCCCGGCGUCUCAAAAGCGGGUCACCCGCAGUAUAGCCUAAGUUUUCGAGAAAGUCCAUUUUCCUCGCUUCGCGGUCCUUUUAAGGCCGUCGAUCCGGACCUGCCUA